AUGCACCCUCGAACCAGCACCCCAAAGGUCUCAACCGUCCUCCGCGACUUCAUCGCUCAGGCCAAGUGCAUCUGCUGCACGGUGCGCGUGGUCUCCCUGACGGCGUCCCGCGCCGUGGUGGAGUGGGGCUGCGUCCCCUACUUCACGGCGCGCGGCCGCCGGGCCGAGUUCGUCUACUACACGGCCGAGCACGUCGCCGACGUCCGCCCCGAAGUGCUCCGGACCUACUCCGGCAAGGACGAGUCGGACGAGUGGGUCCGUGACCGACUGCGCGACAGCUGGCUUGUCGAGCAGCUGGCUUACUGGGCUGAGUUCCUCGACGAGUGGAAGUUCUAUCGCGAGUGGUACGUCUACCGCUCCGAGCUGUUCGAGAGGAUGCCCGACGUGCUCAGUCCUGGUUGCAAGGGUUGCGUGAAGACGCACCGGCCUGACGGUGCGCGGCGACGGGCUUCGUCCUGCGCUUGA